AAUCUGAACUACUUAAAUCAUCCGAUAUAACACAUAUAUCAUCAAAUAGUAUUACAGGUUAUGCCAUCGCUGAAUGUAUUCAAACAAUUCCCUCAUCUAAUGAAUCAGUUAUCACUCAACGUAUCUUUAAAGGUCGUACAAAAGUGAUCAAAGUAUAUAAAAGUUGGCAAUUUGAUAAAUUACCAUUAACAAUUCUACAACUUAUUCGUACAUCAUCAUUGAUUGAUAAUAAUAAUAAUUCUUCGACUACAGCAAAAUUUCGUUCAAAACUAUUUCGUCGUUUUCUAUCAUCAUCAUCAUCAUCAUCAUCGAAAGAACCUAAUCUUGAAGAAUUAAAUCAACAAAAAAUUUUACAUAAUUAUCAAGAAAAUUCUAAUAUACUUGAGAGACAAAAACGUCUACUUAAUUUUCUUGAUGAGAAAAUUCAUCAGGCAGAAAAAACUGCAACAUCACCAACAUCAAAUUCAAUAGUUACGUUAAAUGAUGUAUCUCAUAUAUUAUCUUCAAAACCUAUUCAACAAGAACAAUUAAUAUUAGCAACACAAUUAUGUAAUUCGAUAUUUAAUAUUCAAGAACAUAUUAAUGAAAAAACCGAUAUUCUAUAUAAUGUUGAACAAGCUAUAUCAAAUGAAUUAAAUCAUGUUUUACAUCAACAACAUUAUGAUACAUUAACAUUAAAUAUUUCGGAUAAUACAAAUCCAUCAAAUGAUUUAGUAACAUUAAAAAAUUCAAUUUAUCGUAGUAGAGAAUUAUCUCGUAUACAAUCAAAAGAAAUGCAUGAUUUAGAUUUAUCAUUACGUGAAACAGAUAUUUUACUUGGAAUUAAAUAUGAUGAAUUAAAAUAUCUUGAAUAUGAAACAUCAUCAAAUUCAAUUAUAAGAUCAAGAUCGAUAACACCAAAUUUACAUUUAACAUCACACGUAAAUCAUAAUAAUAAUGAUGAACAUCGUAAUCAACAACAACAACAGCAAGCAUCAUAUGAUACAAUUCAAAUUGCUUUUAAUUCAAUGAAAGAAAUUGAUGAAGAUUCAGGAAUUAAUUCAUUAACAAGUGAAGAUAGUAAUCAUCAUUUAAUGCCUAUGACACAUCAAAAAAUGAAUACACAAUUAGAAACUCUUGUCUAA